AUGCCGAAAUUCAUUGUCUCUCUUCAGUCUAACGCAGACUACGAGGCUGCCAAGCAAGACAUCGAGAAGCAAGGUGGAUCUAUCGUCGAUGACUCGAUGAAAAUUCUUGGGAUGAUCACUGUCCAGAUGUCUGACCAAAGCGCUUCGUCACUGAAAUCACUUAAUAGCGGUAUAAUCUCAGUCGAACCUGACCAAGAAGUUACGAUCCAGGUAGCCUGA